AUGUCCGUUGAAACUGCCUUGUCGUACGCCGCCUUGAUCCUCGCCGACGCCGACGUCGAGAUCUCCCCCGAAAACUUGAAGACCCUCACCGAAACCGCCGGUGUCGAAGUCGAGGCCAUCUGGACCUCGAUCUACGCCAAGGCCCUUGACGGUAAGGACUUGAAGGACUUGUUCUUCCAAGUGCAAGCCGGCCCCGCCGCCGGUGCCGCUCCUGCUGCCGGUGCUGCCGCCGCCGGUGGUGAAGCCGCCGCCGCCGAAGAAAAGGAAGAAGAAGCCAAGGAAGAAUCCGACGACGACAUGGGGUUCGGCUUGUUCGACUAA